AUGUCGGCGACACCACAACGUAUUGUUUGGGAAGACGAAGCAACCAAAUGUUUAAUUGAAGCGCGAAGACAAACUGAUCAAGAGUUUCGCGCAAAUAAACGGACAAAACCCAUUUGGGAAAAAGUUGCCGCUUAUUUGAAUUCUAAAGGUCACUUUUUUACCUUCCAUCAGUGCCACGUAAAAUGGAAAAAUUUAUUGCGGGAUUAUAGGCUCACAAAACAACAUAACGCAAACUCGCCAAAUGAACACAAAGAAAUGCAAGCUGGUAGCGGCAUUCUAGCCUUAAUGGAUGAAUUUCUAGAACAAGAUAGCUCAGUAACGCCAUAUUUUGAAAAAGGACCGCCCUUUCAAGAAUUUAGAGCGAGUCCAGAAAUUAAGAAAGAAAUCACUGAAAUCACAGAAAUUAAAAUCAAAACUGAAAUGGUGCAUUGCCAAUUAGUAGAUCCCUUGUUGGAAUUUUACGAUGAUAAUAACUCGCCGAUUGCAAAUCAAGGGCUUUGGCGGUUGGAAGAUGAACCAUCACCAGAACUUGGCGGAAGCAACCUCAUGAUCACACAAGAUGGGAUAGCAUCUCGACAGACAAUUGGUUCGGCAUCGCCAUCACCUAAUCUACCUUCGACUUCAACUUCAACAAUCAUCCACACCCCAACCAACACCCCAAUUCACCCUAAUCCAUCAAACAGUAAACCACCACGCAAAAGACUCGCCAUUGCCCCAACUCCGUUGUUAUACACAUCCCCAACACCGUCUCAAAUGUGCGUUAGCAUUCACACGAAAAAAAAGUCACCUUACAAAUCAAAUCUUGUAGUCACUAAAGGCAUGACCUUUUCUGACCUUUUGAAACACGUGUUCCCAGAUGGACCACCAAACGGUAAACGAUUCGUGACUAGAACGGCAAUUGAUGAUAGCGGAAAAGAAUAUUUGUUGGAUCAGCUGGUUGAGUCGCUUGUUGGCGCGCCUGGCCACGCGGAUAUAUGGGUCAAUGUUGAAGACGAUCAUGUGGAUUAUGAUGAGCUAUUUUGA